UCCGGAGGCAUCUGGAUCCACCUGUGAGAAGCCCCCUUCCCCCUGCAGCCUCAGGAUGCCAGUGGCUUCCCCCGUCUCCCGGGUGAGAUGUCCUUGGGUUUCUCCGGAGGCAUCUGGAUCCACCUGUGAGAAGCCCCCUUCCCCCUGCAGCCUCAGGAUGCCAGUGGCUUCCCCCGUCUCCCGGGUGAGAUGUCCUUGGGUUUCUCCGGAGGCAUCUGGAUCCACCUGUGAGAAGCCCCCUUCCCCCUGCAGCCUCAGGAUGCCAGUGGCUUCCCCCGUCUCCCGGGUGAGAUGUCCUUGGGUUUCUCCGGAGGCAUCUGGAUCCACCUGUGAGAAGCCCCCUUCCCCCUGCAGCCUCAGGAUGCCAGUGGCUUCCCCCGUCUCCCGGGUGAGAUGUCCUUGGGUUUCUCCGGAGGCAUCUGGAUCCACCUGUGAGAAGCCUCCUUCCCCCUGCAGCCUCAGGAUGCCAGUGGCUUCCCCCGUCUCCCGGGUGAGAUGUCCUUGGGUUUCUCCGGAGGCAUCUGGAUCCACCUGUGAGAAGCCCCCUUCCCCCUGCAGCCUCAGGAUGCCAGUGGCUUCCCCCGUCUCCCGGGUGAGAUGUCCUUGGGUUUCUCCGGAGGCAUCUGGAUCCACCUGUGAGAAGCCCCCUUCCCCCUGCAGCCUCAGGAUGCCAGUGGCUUCCCCCGUCUCCCGGGUGAGAUGUCCUUGGGUUUCUCCGGAGGCAUCUGGAUCCACCUGUGAGAAGCCUCCUUCCCCCUGCAGCCUCAGGAUGCCAGUGGCUUCCCCCGUCUCCCGGGUGAGAUGUCCUUGGGUUUCUCCGGAGGCAUCUGGAUCCACCUGUGAGAAGCCCCCUUCCCCCUGCAGCCUCAGGAUGCCAGUGGCUUCCCCCGUCUCCCGGGUGAGAUGUCCUUGGGUUUCUCCGGAGGCAUCUGGAUCCACCUGUGAGAAGCCCCCUUCCCCCUGCAGCCUCAGGAUGCCAGUGGCUUCCCCCGUCUCCCGGGUGAGAUGUCCUUGGGUUUCUCCGGAGGCAUCUGGAUCCACCUGUGAGAAGCCCCCUUCCCCCUGCAGCCUCAGGAUGCCAGUGGCUUCCCCCGUCUCCCGGGUGAGAUGUCCUUGGGUUUCUCCGGAGGCAUCUGGAUCCACCUGUGAGAAGCCUCCUUCCCCCUGCAGCCUCAGGAUGCCAGUGGCUUCCCCCGUCUCCCGGGUGAGAUGUCCUUGGGUUUCUCCGGAGGCAUCUGGAUCCACCUGUGAGAAGCCCCCUUCCCCCUGCAGCCUCAGGAUGCCAGUGGCUUCCCCCGUCUCCCGGGUGAGAUGUCCUUGGGUUUCUCCGGAGGCAUCUGGAUCCACCUGUGAGAAGCCCCCUUCCCCCUGCAGCCUCAGGAUGCCAGUGGCUUCCCCCGUCUCCCGGGUGAGAUGUCCUUGGGUUUCUCCGGAGGCAUCUGGAUCCACCUGUGAGAAGCCCCCUUCCCCCUGCAGCCUCAGGAUGCCAGUGGCUUCCCCCGUCUCCCGGGUGAGAUGUCCUUGGGUCACUGUGCUCCUGAAGACACCUGUGCUGACUGCUUGCUCCUGUCUGCUCCACAAUACACCGCCCCCUUGUUUCUUCGGGACCAGCGUUGCAGUCAACAGACUUCAGCUAAACGCCUGA